AGGGCCAAGCGCAGCGUCGAAUGUCCAGUCCCAGCCAACAUUCCCGACCUGGUGAAGGAUUUGAACCUCAACGCUUCCCAGUUCUUGGGGCGCCUGGUCAACGAGGAGGACGGCUACGCACCCCUGCCACGGGACCAGCCUGCAGCCGGUGACUGCCCUCAAGAGAGCGGCUCGUGGUGGCCAAGAAGCGAGGAUAAUUUGAGGUCGACCUGCCCCUGGAUCAUGAAUGAAACUGUUCUUGGAGCUGACUUUUACCCGAGGUAAAUUUUGAUCUCAGAUAUGAUGUUAUGUACGCAUUUAGCCAAUGGUGAGUCGUUUGAAUUUGUAUCAACUUCAACUUCAAUCAUUGGAUUUUUUUUUGGGGGGGGGGGCAUAAAAACUACUUUUUUUUUACAAAUUUUACAUAAUAACAAUUCAAAUCCCCGUCUGCACUCAUUUAAAUUCCCUAAAAAUGAAAACACAUCUUUCGAGGAUAUCUAGGUUUCUAACACCAUUCAUUCAUGAAAUUGACCAUCGGCACGUGGCCUUAAAGGCACAACAGACCACGAGUGUCAAAGAAAGAAAAAACAACUUGUGUCUAAACCUUUUGACCUUUGCACUCUAAUACUCUUGAAACUCGAGUGGUAUGCUUAACAUAACGCAUUACGAAUAGGGAAAAAACUAUUGAAAAAAGCACAAGAAGACAAUCUUACCGUUCUUCUUGUUUUACUCUAACUCUUUAAUUUAUUGUGUUUUUUUUUCUUUCGUUUCUUUCAAUUUUUUAGGAAAAUUCAGCAAGCCGUCUGCCUGUGCUCACACUGCAUCAGCGCCAACGCCAUGAGCUGCACCUAUUUGCGCCAGCAGGUCACCGUCUUCCGUCGGGGCGCCUGUAAAGACGGGCUGGCCGUCAUGACGAGAGUCAACAUCGACAUCAACGUUGGCUGCUACUGCGCA